AUGGAGGGGUCUCUAGUUCAGUCUGCGAUUGUCCCGACUGUUUACAGAAGCAACUCUGGUCGGUUUCGCGUGCGUGCAAGAGCCAGAAUAAAUGCCACGAUUGUGCGGAAUAUGCCGACAAGGACCCUUACUCUUGGCGGCUUCCAAGGGCUGCGUCAGACAAACUUUUUGGAUACGAGGUCCGUGGUCAAGCGUGACUUUGGCGCUAUCGUGGCAAGCCAGAUUGCAAGGCCCAGAGGAUCGGCGACAAGAGGGGUGGUUCGCGCCAUGUUCGAGCGCUUCACGGAAAAAGCAAUCAAGGUGAUUAUGCUUGCGCAGGAGGAGGCAAGGCGUCUGGGCCACAACUUUGUUGGGACGGAGCAGAUUUUGCUGGGCCUUAUUGGUGAGGGCACCGGAAUUGCUGCUAAGGUUCUCAAGUCUAUGGGAAUCAAUCUUAAGGAUGCCCGAGUGGAAGUUGAGAAGAUCAUUGGGCGAGGAAGUGGGUUUGUGGCUGUUGAAAUCCCAUUCACGCCUCGCGCUAAACGUGUACUGGAACUCUCCCUUGAAGAAGCCCGCCAGCUAGGGCAUAACUAUAUAGGAUCUGAACACUUACUCCUUGGGUUACUUCGUGAGGGUGAAGGUGUUGCAGCCCGUGUGCUUGAAAGCCUUGGUGCUGAUCCAAACAACAUCCGCACCCAGGUCAUAAGAAUGGUUGGUGAAAGCACAGAAGCUGUUGGUGCUGGAGUGGGUGGAGGAAGCAGUGGCCAGAAGAUGCCCACACUUGAAGAAUAUGGUACAAAUUUGACGAAAUUAGCAGAAGAGGGAAAAUUGGACCCAGUUGUUGGUAGACAGGGUCAAAUCGAGCGUGUGACUCAAAUUUUGGGCAGGCGGACAAAGAACAACCCCUGCCUCAUUGGAGAGCCUGGUGUUGGUAAGACUGCUAUUGCCGAGGGGCUUGCUCAACGUAUUGCCAAUGGAGAUGUUCCUGAAACAAUUGAAGGAAAGAAGGUUAUUACUCUUGACAUGGGGCUCCUUGUUGCUGGAACCAAAUACCGUGGAGAGUUUGAGGAGAGACUGAAGAAACUUAUGGAGGAAAUUAAGCAAAAUGAAGACAUUAUUCUCUUUAUUGAUGAGGUGCACACACUGAUUGGAGCAGGUGCAGCAGAAGGCGCAAUUGAUGCUGCCAAUAUUUUGAAGCCAGCUCUUGCCAGAGGUGAACUGCAGUGUAUUGGUGCAACAACUCUGGAUGAGUAUAGGAAGCAUAUAGAGAAGGAUCCUGCCUUGGAAAGAAGGUUUCAACCAGUUAAGGUUCCUGAGCCUACUGUUGAUGAGACAAUACAAAUCUUAAGAGGACUUCGUGAAAGAUAUGAGCUUCAUCACAAGCUGCGAUACACAGAUGAAGCUUUAAUUGCAGCUGCACAGCUAUCUUAUCAGUAUAUCAGUGACCGCUUCCUUCCUGACAAAGCCAUUGACUUGAUUGAUGAAGCUGGAUCUCGUGUUAGGCUGAGGCACGCCCAGCUCCCUGAUGAAGCCAAAGAGCUGGACAAAGAACUCCGGCAGAUAACCAAGGAGAAAAACGAGGCUGUACGAGGCCAAGAUUUUGAGAAGGCUGGUGAAUUAAGGGAUCGGGAAAUGGAGCUGAAGGCCCAGAUUACGGCCAUUCUCGACAAGAGUAAAGAAAUGAUUAAAGCAGAGACUGAAUCUGAUGAAGUUGGUCCUCUUGUCACAGAGGCAGACAUUCAACAUAUUGUCUCCUCUUGGACUGGAAUUCCUGUGGAGAAAGUCUCAUCUGAUGAAUCUGAUCGUCUCCUUAAGAUGGAGGAGACACUACACACACGUAUCAUUGGUCAGGAUGAAGCAGUCAAAGCUAUUAGCCGUGCUAUUCGACGUGCUCGUGUUGGGCUGAAGAAUCCAAACCGUCCUAUUGCUAGCUUCAUAUUCUCUGGACCUACUGGAGUUGGCAAAUCAGAAUUAGCAAAGGCGCUGGCAGCCUACUACUUUGGCUCGGAGGAGGCUAUGAUCAGGCUUGACAUGAGUGAGUUCAUGGAGAGACAUACUGUCUCCAAACUCAUUGGAUCACCUCCAGGUUAUGUUGGCUACACUGAGGGAGGUCAAUUGACUGAAGCAGUUCGUCGCCGUCCAUAUACUGUUGUUCUCUUUGAUGAGAUUGAAAAGGCACAUCCAGAUGUUUUCAACAUGAUGCUUCAGAUCUUAGAAGACGGGAGGCUAACUGACAGCAAGGGGCGCACAGUUGACUUCAAGAACACACUAUUGAUCAUGACAUCGAAUGUUGGGAGCAGUGUAAUUGAGAAGGGAGGCCGCAAGAUCGGGUUCGACCUUGACUAUGACGAGAAAGACACCAGCUACAACAGGAUCAAGAGCCUGGUGACUGAGGAGUUGAAGCAGUAUUUCCGUCCAGAAUUCCUAAACAGAUUGGAUGAGAUGAUUGUGUUCCGGCAGCUGACGAAGUUAGAGGUGAAGGAGAUUGCGGACAUUAUGCUGAAAGAAGUGUUUGACAGGCUGAAGGCCAAGGACAUUAAUCUCCAGGUUACAGAGAAGUUCCGUGAUAGAGUUGUUGACGAAGGUUACAACCCAAGUUAUGGUGCACGGCCUUUGCGGCGUGCUAUCAUGAGGCUUCUGGAGGAUAGUCUGGCUGAGAAGAUGCUUGCUGGUGAGGUGAAAGAAGGUGACUCUGCCAUUGUUGAUGUGGAUUCUGAUGGCAAGGUUAUAGUCCUGAAUGGCGGUAGUGGUGUUGCUGAGCCCCUGGAACCUGCUCUCAGUACCUAA